AUGGACUCAGCCCAUUUGCGUCGUAAGGACACCACCAAGGGUCCGCCCCUACGGAUCUUGUCGCUAGAUGGCGGUGGUGUUCGUGGCUACUCCAUGCUCAUUCUCCUCCAGGAACUCAUGUAUCGUACCUAUGUCGAAUGCGAAGGAAAACCCCCGCGUCGCGACCAGAUUCCCAAACCCUGUGACCAUUUCGACUUGAUUGCGGGUACCGGCACGGGCGGGUUAAUCGCCAUCAUGCUCGGUCGACUUCGCCUCGAUCUGGAAACUUGCAAGGAGGUUUAUGUGCGCAUGACUCGGCGCGUCUUCGAAACAGAUAAAACGAUCGCUGGUAUCCCGUACCGCUCGACUUUAUUCAAGGCUUCGAAACUCGAAGAGGCAAUUCGGGAAUGCGUGCGGGAACACACGGUUUUCGAGGCGGAGGGCAAUGAUACCCCAAAUGCCAAUCCUCGCGAUUCUAUUGCCAGUCUUCCGUACAGUCCGAAUUCCGUUCCGCAACGAUCUAUCAGUCGCGGCAGCUUUAGUACUGCUGCUGCUUCGCAUCCGAUGGCGCCUUCUAGCCAGCGAGGUUCGGCUUUCAUUAAUGGGUUGCGAUGGGGAAAUCCUGAUGCACUACUCUACGAUAAUCGAGAAUAUCGCACGAAAACUGCUGUCACCGCUCUGUACAAAGGUACCCCACGUAAGGGAUCGGCUGUGCUUCUCCGAUCUUAUGAUUCCCGCCGAGAACCCCCACCUGAGUUUGAUUGUACCAUUUGGCAAGCCGGACGUGCAACCUCGGCAACGGGGCUCGCUUUCAAGCCGAUUCAGAUUGGUCAGCACGUCUUCAUCGAUGAAGGCUCUGGUACCUACAAUCCUGCACCGCAGAUCCUUGAUGAGGCUAUCGUGAAUGAAUGGCCCGGGCGAGAAGUUGGUGUCUUCAUCAGUGUGGGAACUGGAAAGCGGCCGGCUGGUACCAAUAACCGACAGCAUGAAUGGUGGGAGGAUUUCUUCGGCGACGCACUGGGGACAUUCGCCGAGGCGCGGCGUCGACUCAUCUCCAAGAUCGAAGGAUGCGAGGAUAUCCACAACGAGAUGCUUCGUGACCGUCUGGCCAAACGUAACGUCAGUAAGGACAAUUACUUCCGUCUAAAUGUGGAAGUUGGGGUUGGCGAGUUCGGCAUGAACGAGUGGAACCGACUAGCCGACAUCAGCACCAACACAAGGCAGUACCUCGCCAAGCCUGAAAUCAAGAAAAUGAUCCUAGAAGCCGGUGUCCGCUUUGCCAAGAUCGAACGCAUGAACCGCCGUCUGGCAACCCACGCUGCGGCGGGCGGUGAUCGCGACGAUCUAUCCUUCGACCUCGAAACCGAAGAACUCACAAUCUCCUCCCCGGUUCAUUCAUAUAUCCCACCACCCGCCAACUUCGCCGUCGAGCUCCCCGCAGAGCUACCAGCAGACCCAGUUGACUUCGCUCAUCACCCAGCACAACCCCCACCACCCAUCCCAGCAGGUGUAACCAUCUCCCCACCGGAUGACUCCCUCCCAGCCCAUCAUGAUGGCCAUCCAACCUCUCCCACCAGAUAUUCGGGAAGCGACUACCGUCGCAGCUACGACCAUGUCCGCCCAGGCUCCUCCCAACAGCCAACCUCCCCACACCGCCACGAAGACUCCUUUGCCACAUUCAACGGCUUCCCGCCGCCCAUCCCACCAAAGACUCCAAUCCCCUACCCGGCCCAGGACGAAGAGCGUGUGUCCAUGCCCGCCCCGCUCUUCUCCCAGUCCGCGGCUGGCAAAGUCCGUCCUCCAUACCCGGACGACGAACCGCCAACGGUAAACCGUCAGCGCAAGCCGAGUUUCCAUAUUCGUGGAUAG